AAGGAGGCGGGGCUUCUAAGGGCAGGAAGAGGAAGUGUCGCUUCCGCAGUAGUUGUGACGUUGGGUGGCGUGGUGGCACCCCUGAAUGAUGAAGCUCUCUUGGCUCUUGCUCACCACCCUCCUGGGCCUUGUGGCAUCUGUGCCCAUUGACCGGUCGAAGGAGAAGAAGACAGAGGAGGCACCUCCGGAGCCGCCAGACACAGGGCUCUAUUACCAUCGCUACCUGCAGGAGGUGAUUAAUGUGUUGGAGACGGACAGUCACUUCCGGGAGAAGCUACAGGCGGCCAAUGCUGAGGACAUCAAGAGCGGGAAACUGAGCAAGGAGCUGGACUUCGUGAGCCACCAUGUGCGAACGAAGCUGGAUGAACUGAAGCGCCAGGAGGUGUCACGGCUUCGCAUGCUUAUCAAAGCCAAGAUGGAUGCCACCAUGGAGCAGAAUGUCCAGAUUGACCACCUGGGGCUACUGAAGCAGUUUGAGCAUUUGGACCCUCAGAACCAGCACACCUUCGAGGCCCGGGACCUGGAGCUGCUCAUCCAGGCGGCCACCAAGGACCUGGAGAACUAUGAUGCUGCGCACCAUGAAGAGUUCAAGCGCUAUGAGAUGCUGAAGGAGCACGAGCGGCGUGAGUACCUGCGCUCCCUGGAUGAGGAGAAGCGACGUGAGGAGGAGGCCCGUUUCCAGGAGCUCCGGCGCCGGCACCGUGAACAUCCCAAGGUCAACGUCCCGGGGAGCCGGGAUCAGCUGAAAGAGGUUUGGGAGGAGACCGAUGGGCUGGACCCCAAUGAGUUCAACCCCAAGACCUUCUUCAAACUGCACGACACCAACAGCGACGGGGUCCUGGAUGAGCAGGAGUUGGAGGCCUUGUUCACCAAGGAGCUGGAGAAAGUCUAUGACCCCCGGAACGAGGAGGAUGACAUGCUGGAGAUGGAGGAGGAGCGUCUGCGCAUGCGGGAGCACGUCAUGAAGAAUGUGGACAUGAACAAAGACCGGCUAGUGACACUGGAGGAGUUUCUGAAGUCCACUGAGAAAAAGGAAUUCAAUGAAGCCGGGGGCUGGGAGACGGUGGAUGAGACCCAGGUGUACUCCGAAGCAGAACUCAAGCGCUUUGAGGCAGAGCUUGCAGCCCAGGAGGCCGAACUGAGCCGGCGGGCAGAGCAGCUGCGGCGCCAGCACCAGGACCUGGCUGAGCAGCAGGUCCAGCUUGAUGCCCAGAAGAAGGAGUACCAGCAUGCUGUGUUGCAGAUGGAGCAGAGGAAAAACCAGCAAGCAGAGGCACCAGUGCCUGCUGGGGCAGGAGGAGAGCUGAAAUUCCAGCCCCAGCCCCCACAUGUUGCUCAAGCUGAUCCGCCUGUGCCUGCCCAGUCUGCAGUCCCAGUUGACACCCUGGCCCACGCCCCCGAGCAGAACCAGGUGGAGCCUGCCCAGAACCAGCCACAGCAGCCGCCUCAGCCUGAAGUCCAGAUCCAGUAAACAGCACCCUCUGUGAGAGUCAGAAAUGGGAGAAGCUGCCUGUGGCCCUGCUCCCGCUCUGCAGUGGGGCACAUCUGUGAACUGAACCCUACUGAGGCGGCAGCACCCCCAUUAGAGAAUCCAGAGCUGGGUUAUGGCUCUUGCAGUCCCCUCUUCUGGUCCUGGGGGGUGACAUUUGAGUCAUGGCUUCCCUUUUAAUGGGAAACUUUGAGCUGGCUCUGGGGAUUUGCCUUGUAAUGUGGAGGGAGGGGGCACUGGUAUUAAGGUGCCCCCACCUUCCUGCCCCUUGUUGCUGCAUUGCAUUCUGGGUAGUCCCAUUCAUUCUUCAACUCCCCACCCUGGGAGCUAGCCUGGCAUCAGGAGUGUGGGUGCACUGCAUUUUGGGAACUCUCAGCUGCCAGUGCUCUUCUCCUGACUCCUCCCUUGGAUAUAUUUGCAUUGCAAAUUAACUAGGGGGGGAGUUGCAGUGCAUUGUGGGUAAGCAUAGACUUUCCCUCCCUCCCCCAGUAUUUGCAAGCCAGUGGUAAAAGCUGGCUUGAUAGUGGUUGGGGUGUCCUGCAGUGCAUUAUGGGUAACUCAUCCAUCUACUGUACCCCUUCUUUCUCCUGCAUUUCUUAGCACAGGGCUACUCUGUUUGACUGGCCCCCAACACCCACCACCUUUGUGUUGCUUUAGUGGGGCAAUGUUAGCUCCUAAUAAUGGGCUGUGGGAGGCAGUCCUGGGGUCUAGCAAGGAAGGGGAGGAGGUAGCUUGGCCUUGACCUGUCUACCUGAAGCUGGGUCCCCUACACAUUUCAGAGGCAGUAGCUACUGUGACCAGCCCAGGGCUCUGGCUCUUCUGCGCAAGGGCCUAACACUGCCCCCUUCCUCCCUCACCACGGGAACCCUUCAUUUUCCCCCUACAUCUCCCCUCCUGCCACUCAGUCCCGUAGAGUCCUGGAUCUCUGCCGCCCAAAGUGAUGAAAUCCAGAGCCCUCUAAAACCGGGUAGGGUGGGUCCCCUGAGUGUCUAGCACCCCUUGAAAUCAGGGCUGAUCUUUUAAUUGGGGGGUCUAAUCUUUGCCCCCUGCUCUGUCUUCCCCACAAACCCUUAGGGCCCCCCUCUCAUCUUCAUUGUCACCCCAGGGGCUGUGUCCCACCCAUUCUCCCCACUCAAAAACCCUGCCCCAUUCUUCCUACAGUCUGGGGUGAGUUUGGUCUCUUCUGAGACCCCCGUUCCAUCCAAAAUGCGGUAUUAACCCCAAUGAAAACAAAUUCUAUAAGGGAAGGAUCUUUGCUUGCAAGGGGGGUACACAGGAUUUUGGGGGUGGCAGCUGAGCAGUGAAAAGCAGGUUGCAUUAAGGGAGUCUUUCAGGGGUGGGAGUGGAAGAGCCUCAGCCCUGGGAGAGUCUCCCUGGCUCAGUUUUGGGGUACAGGCUCACACCUACAUGGGCCCUUUGUGGAUAGAGAAUCCCAUUCACCCUUUGUACAAGCCAGGAAGGUUAAUGACUUUAGAUGGAGUCAGUGAUUUUGAAUGGAUUGCCAGCUUCUGCUCCCAGUCCCCUUUCCCCUCUCCAAAAUCUCAGCUGUGUCCCAUCUCAGCCCAAAACCUAAUAGAAAGUUAAAUUAAGGCCUCA